GUUCCCAUGCAGCUGCCUCCGAUUAUGAGCUCUCCCUUGACCUAAAGAAUAAACAGAUUGAAAUGCUAGAGCACAAAUACGGAGGUCACCUGGUAUCUCGCAGGGCAGCCUGCACCAUCCAAACUGCUUUCCGACAAUAUCAGCUCAGCAAGAACUUUGAGAAGAUCCGCAACUCACUGCUGGAGAGCCGCAUGCCACGCCGCAUCUCUCUGAGGAAAGUCCGGGUCCAGAACUCCGAGAGCUUCUCUGCUGAGAAAGCCCUAGUAGAGGGGUACAACUUUGUGGGCAUCCCGUUGGUGAGGUCCCCAUCUUUGCCAGCCACAAUCAGUGGAGCACUGACUGAGCUGGAGGACUCCUUCACGGAACAAGUUCAGUCCCUGGCCAAGUCUAUUGAUGAUGCUCUGAGCACCUGGAGCUUGAAGACUAUGUGCUCACUGCAGGACGGGGGCUCAUACCAGAUAAGAGAGACCUUCAGUGCCAGUUCAAUGCAACCAAACCAAGACUUAGAAGCUGAGCUGCAGGACAAGGAGAAGGAGGAAGGGCUUCUGCCAGAUACCCUACCUAAGAGCAGCAGCACUCUUAUGAUGGCUUUUCGAGAUGUUACAGUCCAGAUUGACAACAAGAAUAUCUCUGUCUCAUCGUCUACCUCGGUGUCCAUGGCAAACUGCCUGAGCAGCAAUGCCCAGGCUGGGCUCUCUCAAGCCUCCAAGUCUGAGGAAAGCCCGGGAGAAGGGGAGGGAGAAGACAGUGAACCGCAGGCUGCCCCAGAGUGCUUACCUGAGACAGAAGCUCUCCAGAACAGCCACACUUUCACUGAAGUGAACAUUAGCACUAAUGGCAUGGGGGACAGCAAUGAGGAGCCUGUGCAGAUGGCAGUGCAGAAGCUCCAGUUUGAUGCUAACAAUGAGACGGGGCAAAGCAAAGGCUCUGAAUCUGAGAAUGCAGACAACUCAGAGCAGCUGAGCAGCAGCAGCACCUCCACUUCAGCAAAGUCAGCCUCUGAGGUGUCCUCCAAAGAAGCACUGCAAGCCAUGAUCCUCAGCCUCCCACGGUACCAUUGUGAGAACCCAGCUAGCUGCAAGUCCCCCACGCUUUCCACAGACACCAUGAGGAAACGCCUCUACCGCAUUGGGCUGAAUCUCUUUAAUAUAAACCCAGACAAAGGGAUCCAGUUCCUGAUCUCCCGGGGCUUCAUCCCAGACACUCCUAUUGGGGUGGCACACUUCCUGCUCCAGCGGAAGGGCCUCAGCCGCCAGAUGAUUGGGGAGUUCCUGGGCAACAGCAAAAAACAGUUCAACAGGGAUGUCCUGGACUGCGUGGUGGACGAGAUGGACUUCUCGGGCAUGGAGCUGGAUGAAGCGCUGCGGAAAUUCCAGGCUCACAUCCGUGUGCAGGGGGAGGCACAGAAGGUCGAGCGGCUAAUUGAGGCUUUCAGCCAGAGGUACUGCAUGUGUAAUCCAGAUGUGGUCCAGCAGUUUCACAACCCAGACACCAUCUUCAUCUUGGCCUUUGCAAUCAUCCUCCUCAACACGGACAUGUACAGCCCCAACAUCAAGCCUGACAGGAAGAUGAUGCUAGAGGACUUCAUUCGCAAUCUGAGAGGAGUGGAUGAUGGUGCUGACAUCCCACGGGAGCUGGUGGUAGGGAUCUACGAGAGGAUCCAGCAGAAAGAACUAAAAUCCAAUGAGGAUCAUGUGACAUACGUCACCAAGGUGGAGAAGUCCAUAGUUGGAAUGAAAACGGUUCUCUCUGUGCCCCAUCGCCGAUUGGUCUGCUGCAGCCGCUUGUAUGAAGUGACUGAUGUGAACAAGGUGCAGAAGCAGGCAGCUCACCAGAGGGAAGUUUUUCUCUUCAAUGACCUGCUAGUGAUCCUCAAGCUUUGCCCCAAGAAGAAAAGCUCCUCGACCUACACAUUUUGCAAGUCUGUUGGCCUGCUGGGCAUGCAGUUCCAUCUCUUUGAGAAUGAAUAUUACCCCCAUGGCAUCACACUGGUGACUCCAGUUUCGGGCUCAGAAAAGAAACAGGUACUGCACUUCUGUGCUCUGGGAGCCGAGGAAAUGCAGAAAUUUGUGGAAGAUCUGAAAGAGUCAAUAGCAGAAGUGACAGAGCUGGAGCAGAUACGUAUUGAAUGGGAGCUGGAGAAGCAGCAAGGGGCAAAGACUCUCUCGCUACGGAGCAACGGAGCCCAGAUAGAACCACAGUCCAAGCAGAGCUCACCAACAGGUAAAGAGUCAAAGGAUUUGGGGGAGAAGGUCUCAGACAGCACAGUGGAGGUAUUAAUCAAUGCCUCCCCAGCCAGACUGACAAUUUUACCAAUUUCCAGAGAUACAAUUAAAAGUUACUGCUAG